GAACGCUGGUACAUGAUGAGAUGAAGUUAAGCGAAAGUGUGGCAUUCAUGGAGCACGACCUUACCAACUUGGGAUUCGUUGACUUGGAUCAGCACACCCCGGAAAAUCAGAAAAAUGCUCGUGCUGAUCAAGCACUUGUCUUUUUAUUUCAGCCAUUUAGAGGGCAGUGGAUACAAAGUAUCGCUGCCUUCCUUAGUAAAGGAUGUGCGCCAAGUGCUUCUCUUAGACAUUUGACGAUGGAGUGUAUCAUCUUAUUAGAAAAAAGUGGGUUUUACGUCGAUGUAGUGACUUCCGAUGGAGCGACGUGGAAUAGGUUAAUGUGGAAACUUUUUGGCCUCGAUGUUUUGACCUUAGAAGCUAGUUGCGUGCACCCGUGUGCUUCUAGCAAUGGUUGCAGCGGAAGUUCUGAUGACAACGAUGACCCUAUAGAGACACGAAGACUAUGGUUUUGCUCCGACUUUAGUCAUCUCCUUAAAAAUUUUAGGAAUUUCCUCGUGUCAAAUGAAGAGACCCACACUCCGGAUGGUAUAGUAAAACUUAAACAUUUCCGAGCGGUAAUUAGGAACGAUGGUGGGGACAGACAUCUAGGAUUAAAAAUUGCACACAAACUCACCCACGAUCAUUUGAAUCCCCAGUAUUAUCAAAAAAUGAAUGUAGGGAUGGCCUUGGAUCUGUUUUCUCCAAACGUUGCUGUCGCGAUGAAAAUGUACAGCGAAUUCGAUGAUAACUUAAAAGAUUGUGAAGCGACAAUUAUAUUUAUACAUCGAAUUAACAAUCUAAUAAAAGCAAUGACGUCCCGCAGCUCGGAAAAUGCAUUGAAAAAAGACUCUGCGAGUUACAAUAGCAUACUGGAGUUUCAAAACUAUUUAUGCGAAUGGAAGAAAAUUGCUGCAACUAAAGGAUGUGAGAUGAAAAAAAAAUUUAUGUCAGAAAGUACAUAUUACGGUUUUCAUAUUACACUUCGGACAACAAUCGAAUUGAUGGAUUUCCUCACUAUGAAAUGUGGAUUUAAUUUUCUUAUGACAUCAAGACUGAAUCAAGAUUCUCUUGAGGGAAUGUUCGGAAUGAUUAGAGGAUGCUGCGGAUCCACUGAUACACCUGAUUCCCUGCUAUUUAUACAAAUUUAUAGACUUCUGAGCUUCUAUUCGCUUGUCCGGCCUCCCAAGGGCUCAAAUGUUGAAGGCAUCGAAAUUUUCGACAGUUUAUUGUCGAUGAAAAAUAUACCGAGGAAUGAGAAUAAGGAUAAUUGGAAGCAG